AUGCUCUACUCGGGCUCCGAAGAGUAUACUGCCUUCGACAGGAGGCCGUCGUCGCUCCAGAGAAAACGUUCAGCCCCCAGUUUUGCUGCAACGCGGGAAGGUAAGGCCGCCGAUGUCCCGUUCUCUGGCGACGGCCAUUUCAGCAGCGCUAAGUCUUCGGUCCGCCCGCCGGAAACGGUUGAAACAAGGGAGAGUGACACUGCGAUCAGUAUGAACUACCCUAUGGCGACCGCCAACUCCGAGCCGUAUCAAUAUGUGGGAGAUCCUUAUCCAGGCUGCUUUCCACUUGCUACAAGUUCAACCGGCUCUUUUUUCGAUCUAGAUUUUUAUUCUCCAGGAGCAAGCCAUUCUGACACUUCUCACACCCUGAUGAACCAAGGAGCUGUCCCGCUCACGGCCAUCAAUUCUUCACCCUCGCACAUUCAAGCACCAAAGGACAUGGGCCUAUAUCAUAACUCUUCAAAGCUAGACAGUGUACCGAGUGGCCGCGUAGUUAAUGAUUCGCACGACUCGAGCCCCAGGAUGCCAGCUAACUCAUUUACUCCAAAUGGCUUUGAUUCGGCAGGUAACUAUCUUCAUGGCCCUCCGUCGGUUUCGAAUCGAUCGCUGAAGGACUGGGACUUCCCGCAGGCGGGCUACCCAGACGUGAACACCAACUUAAACAUCAAUUUCCAGGGAGGAAAGGAACACAUGGAGGAGGAAGACAAAGGCGGUCAUGAAGACGAAAACGGUGACGAUGAUCCGGAAAAUAGUGAUCUAGAACGGAAUUCGUCUUUUCCACUUCAUCGAGGAUUUUCGUCGCGAACACCUUCUUCAAGUGCUUUAGCUGCACAGAUACCCCACAGCUCAUACUCCAAUUUCAACACUAAUAUGGGUAAUGUUGGUAGUAUUAAUAAUAAUAAUAAUAAUAGGAAGGUUUCUGACUCUCGGCUUUCAGCUCAGGGCUUGGCCGAGGUACUGAAUUUGAACUCGGCAGGGGAAGCCUUGCGCCGAGAACGGUUUAUAUUGGACAUUUUUGAAAGGGAGCUCCAUUACCCGUUGGGAUACAAAACGUGGGUUCGUGACACUUCCAAGGAGUACCGUACGCGAUUGCUGGACCAAUUGCACCGCAGGGUGAUUCAGACCUAUCCCGAAUACGACAAGCCCGUCCUUGAGACAAUAAUUAGGAGAGCAACAUAUUACAUGAUGCAGAGCCGGUUGAGAAGAGAAAGAAGAGCACGGGCAAAGAUGAGCAGGGAUCAAGGGAGGGGUAUUAUGGAGUCAGCGGACGCUAACGAUAUUGGCAAUGCUGACGUGCGGUUCACGUCACAUCCGAGUUCGUUGAGUUUUAGUUUCACAAUGUGA